AGGGAGAUGAAGGAGCAGCUGGCGACCCUGCAGGACAGUGAGAGGGGACACACCGAGGCCCUGCAGCUCCUGCAGAGACAACUCCUUGAGACCAAGUCUUCAGCAAAGAGUCUGCGCGCAACCAUCAGUGAUGCGUUCGAGCGGCUUCAUCGCUUCCUCCGAGAGCGUCAGAAAAGCAUGCUGGAGGAGCUGGAGAUGGACACGGCCCGCAAGCUGACCGACAUCGAGCACAAGAUCCAAAGCUACAGUCAGCAGCUGCGCGAUGUCAAGGAGGGCAUCCUGAUCCUGCAGGAGCGUCUCAACGAGACGGGCCGCCACGACUUCCUGGAGGGCGUAGCUGUAACUUCAGAGAGGGUUAAAGGGAAGAUUCAUGAGACCAAUCUGACAUAUGAGGAUUUCCCAACGUCCAAAUACAUGGGGCCCUUACAGUACACAAUAUGGAAGUCACUCUUCCAGGACAUUUCACCAGUGCCAGCAGCAUUGACCCUUGACCCCAUAACAGCUCACCAAAGACUAAUCCUCUCAGACGACUGCACCAUCGUGGCCUAUGGGAAUCUCCACCCACAGCCUCUUCAGGACUCCCCUCGACGCUUCGAUGUGGAGGUGUCCGUCCUGGGGGCGGAGGGCUUCGUGUCCGGCGUUCAUUACUGGGAGGUGAUGGUGUCUGAAAAGACGCAGUGGAUGAUCGGCGUGGCCAACGAGACGGUCAGUCGCAAAGGCAGCAUCCAGAUCCAACCGAGCCGCGGCUUCUACUGCAUCGUCAUGCACGACGGCAACCAGUACAGUGCCUGCACCGAGCCCUGGACCCGCCUCAACGUCAAGAGCAAGCUAGAGAAGGUGGGGGUGUUCUUGCACUACCCGAAAGGCCUGCUCAUCUUCUAUAAUGCGGACAACAUGUCCUGGCUCUACACGUACCGAGAGAAAUUCACCACCAAAAUCUUCCCGUACUUCAGCCCCGGCCAGAGUCAUGCAAACGGCAAGAACGUGCAGCCGCUGCGUAUCAACACGGUCCGUCUUUAAGAGCAACGUGCUGUGGCUGCUAAAGUACCAAACAAAAGGAUCCAUCACAGGUGAAUUCACAGGACCAUGCGUGUUAAAAAACAAUGGGCAAUGAGGUGUUUUUAAACGUUUCUUUCCUUUCAGGUCCAUGUC